AUGACAUUCCAUCCUCUAAACAAGCCCAAACGUUUAAGACGACAGGUCCGUUCUUUAGGAGAGAGUCACUUGUGAUCGAGUUGAUGCCGCUGAGUAGAUACAGUGUAACUUGAAUUUCUCUCUUCAUCUCAAUUUUUAGGGUUUUCGUUUCCUUCAAAUUCAUUCUCACAGAGAACAGCUACAACAUGGAAGAAAAUAACCACUCCACAGCCUCCGACGCUCCAAUUCCGCCGGAAAACCAACACGACGUCGGCGCCAAAAUUUCGAAAUCGGUGAAUGAACUCAACGAUUUGUCAAUUUCAAUUCAAGCUUUCAAAAACAGGUACGAUGAACUUCAAAAUCAUCUCAAUUUCAUUAUACACGCCAUCGAUACCAGAACCAAAGAACUCGAAGCCCCAGGCACCACCACCGCUGCAAAUGUAGCCACCGAUAAUGAUAACAUUGUUCCAUCGGAACCAGAAUCGAAACCGAAAUCAAUUGCUGAUGGCGAAGAAAUAGAAGAAGAACACGAAGAAGAAGAUCCUGAAGAAGAAGAAGAAGAAGAUCCGGAAGAAGAAGAAGAAGAAGAGGAGGUAGAAGAAGUAGAAGAGGUAGAAGAAGUGCAAAAAGAAGAACAAAAAGAAGAAGAAAAAGGUGAGCCUCACUGUCUGUGCAAAACUAUGAAUAGCCGUGGUUUGCGAAAGUAUAUACUUAUGCAUCUAUCUGAAACGCCGUCGCUUGAGGAAAAAAUCCCGGUGGCACUGAAAAAGGCGCCGGAACCGGCAAAAUUGGUGUUUGAAUGCAUUGGUAGAUUUUACCUUCAAGGAAGCAAAGCCUAUACAACAAACUCACCGAUGAUUACUGCAAGGCAAGCUUCAAUUUUGGUUUUGGAAUACUAUCUGAUGUCUGGCUGUGUUGAAAGUGAAGCAAAAAUGGAACGUAAACUGAAGGCAGAAGCUGCAGAUGCAGCGGGUGCGUGGAGGAAGAGACUUGUUGUUGAAGGUGGUGUGGCUAUGGCAAGUGAAAUGGAUGCCAGAGGUUUGACUCUUUUUCUUGCGUGCUUUGGGAUUCAUGGUGUUUUUAGGAAUGAGGAUAUUGCGAACUUGGUUCGUUUGAGCAAACCUGGAGAAAUCUCGCACCUUCUUCGCGUUUCCGGGAGCCUUUCUAGCAGGUGUUCAGAUAUUGCUCAGGGAAUGAUGAAAAAGGGCAAAGUUGUUGAAGCCCUUGAUUUGGCUUAUACCUUUGGGUUUGAAGAGAGAUUUUCUCCCCAGACAGUACUGAAUUCAUUUCUACAAAAGUCUAAUGAAGUUUGGAAGAAAGCAAAACAAGCACGUGAUGUUCCUAGUUUGCUGAAUAAAGCAAAUGGAAAAUAUUUAUCUGAUUUGAAAUCGGUUAUCAACUGUUUGGAAGGUCACAAAGUUGAUUUUGCAAAACUUCUUCCUGAUUGGAAACUUAAGGAUACAAUUCUCAAAUUGGAGAAAGAUAUUCGUGAUGUCACUGAAAAGAUUGAAGACAAUUCAGCGUCCAAGAGAAAAUUGGACAAAAGCAGUGCGUCAAAGAAAGUGAGUGGUCCAGACACAAAACGAACAAGGCACACCGUGAGAGAUCCUUAUAUGGCGUCACCUUCAGUAACUACCUUGCAAAGGCAAAUGAUUGCUGGUCAUAUGGAUGGCAGUUCAUAUGAUAGUUCAUUAACAGCACAUUUUCUGGAGGGUAGAUCCUAUGGCUACCCAAAUAAUUAUUCCACUGUAGCAUCUGCUGCACAAAUUGGAUCUGUUUCAGGGUCAUUACCUGAAGGUUAUCUUGGAAGGGGAGUAUCAAUUGGGGGAGCCAUAGGUGGUCCACUUUCUGGCUAUCAGAGUGAUAUGCCAAUUGAUAACGUUGGGACAACGCUGAAUAGCAGUAGCUCUCUGUAUAGUAGAUUGCAUAGUGCAGAUGAAGGGGCAUUAUCUUACGGUAGAUCAGUCGAGCCGAGUUUUGUAGGACAACCUUCAUCAGCACGAGUAAAUCAUAUGUAUGGGAGAACAUCUGCAGAAGGUUAUGCAGGUUUGCCAGAUCAUCACUCUAUUGGUGUUCCUAGUCACGGCGGAGGUUCUGAUUUGUAUAGCUUUGCUGAUUCUGUAUUCGAUGUGUAGUCAGUCCAGGGCAGCAAUUAUUCGCCACUGUGUUUUGAUAAGCUGGAUGCAGACACUAUUCCGUAGGAUAGUCAACUUAGAUUUUUAUUUUUUUUUUGUUUUGAUAUUUAUAGGGAAAGACCAUAGGAGUGACACAUGCAGAUGAUGACGUACUUUGUCAGCUCUCUUCAGCUGCUAAACAGUUUUAAUUAAAUUGCCAUGGAUGGUCAACGUGCCUGUAAUUUUUUAAAGUUUGACUUCAACUAUAAAUUGCUUGUGUUAAAUUAUGUGCAUCACUUGUAUUGAAUUCGUUUUCGAUGCCAUAGAAAUUAUAGCAAUGCACUUGUUUCA